AUGGAGAUGGUGAAAGCAUGCAUGCGGCCUGCCGCCUCCGCGUCCUCGCGGCCCCGCGUGCUCGUGCUCGGCGGGACUGGCCGUGUCGGCGGCUCAACGGCCACCGCGCUCUCCCAGUUCCGGCUCGACCUCAACAUCCUCAUCGGCGGAAGGAACCGGGAGAAAGGUGUGCUGCUGGUAUCUAAGCUCGGACAGCGAUCUGAAUUCGUCCACGUUGAUAUUCACAAUUCAAGCAGGCUGAAAGAGGUGUUGGAGGGCGUGGAUUUGGUGAUUCAUGCCGCUGGACCAUUCCAGAGGGAUGACAAAUGCACAGUCCUGCAGGCAGCAGUAUUUACCAAGACAGGGUACACUGAUAUCUGCCAUGGAGUGGACUAUUCAUGGAGGGCAAAAUCUUUCCAUGAACAAGCAAAAGCUUCCGGCGUCCCAGCUCUCAUAACUGCAGGGAUAUCUCCUGGAGUGAGCAAUGUGAUGGCAGCUGAGCUUGUACGUACUGCAAAAGGCGAGAGUGGUGGUGAACCAGAAACACUGAGAUUCUUCUAUUACAUUGCAGGUACAGGUGGUGCAGGCCCAACUACGUUGGGCACAAGCUUGUUACUUCUUGGGGAGGAUGUAAUUGCCUAUGAUAAAGGGAGCGAAAUCAAACUAAAAGCCUACAGUGGAGCUCGCAACAUUGAUUUUGGAAAAGGGAUUGGGAAGAAAUAUGUUUACUUGAUGAACUUACCGGAGGUGAAGAGCACACACAAAAACUUAGGUCUGCCAACUGUUCAUGCUCAAUUUGGUUCAGAUCCUUUCAUCUGGAAUUGGGGAAUGGAAACGUUCGCAAACUUCUUGCCUUCUGACCUCUUGAGAGAUAAAAAUGUCACUCUAAAGUUUGCUGAGUGUGUUGACCCUUUCAUUCGAGUUAUUGAUGGGAUUGUAGGAGAGCGUGUCGCCAUGAGAAUUGAUCUCGAAAGUUCAAAUGGGCACACCACUACUGGAUUAUUUGCUCACAACAAUCUAUCCGUAUCAGUGGGCUAUGCAGCGGCCGCAUUUGCUCUAGCAGUUCUAGAAGGCAGCACAAAGCCAGGGGUUUGGUUUCCAGAAGAGCCAGAGGGAAUAGCUAUUGAUGCAAGGAAGCUCUUGCUCCGACGGGCAUCUCGAGGAGUAACGAACUUCACAAUGAACAAGAAUUCCGGGAUGAUAGAAUGCUGA